ACGUCAUGAGUUGCAUUUUCAGUUUUCUUUGACAUUCAACUGAAAAGUGAAAACAAAGUAAUUGUAGUUAAGUUUUUGGAAAGUGUAAGUCGGUGACUAAAUUAAGUAAAAAGUUCUGUUAAUUUUAAAGCAUGGAUCGCUUGUUACGUCUCGGUGGCGGUAUGCCCGGGUUGAGCCAGGCACCACCCCCGUCUGAUGCCCCCGUUGUCGACACUGCCGAACAAGUCUAUAUAUCUUCCCUAGCCCUCCUGAAAAUGUUGAAGCACGGACGUGCAGGAGUACCCAUGGAAGUUAUGGGUCUUAUGUUAGGUGAAUUUGUGGAUGAUUAUACAGUUAGGGUAAUAGACGUCUUUGCUAUGCCCCAGACAGGCACAGGGGUGAGUGUAGAAGCAGUCGAUCCAGUAUUUCAGGCAAAAAUGUUGGAUAUGUUGCGACAAACAGGUAGGCCUGAAAUGGUGGUUGGGUGGUAUCAUUCUCACCCAGGUUUUGGGUGUUGGUUGUCUGGAGUGGAUAUUAACACACAACAGAGUUUCGAAGCUCUUUCAGAACGAGCUGUAGCUGUAGUCGUAGAUCCCAUACAGUCGGUCAAGGGAAAAGUUGUUAUUGACGCUUUCAGAUUAAUAAAUCCAAAUAUGAUGGUUCUGGGUCAAGAACCGCGCCAAACAACAUCAAAUUUGGGUCACUUACAAAAACCAUCAGUGCAAGCCCUGAUCCACGGGUUGAAUAGACACUACUACUCGAUCAGUAUAAACUACCGAAAAAACGAGCUCGAACAAAAGAUGUUGCUCAAUUUGCACAAAAAGUCCUGGAUGGACGGCCUCACUUUAGCGGACUACUCCGACAAUUGCAGUGUCAAUGAAAGAACUGUCGCAGAUAUGUUAGACUUGGCGAAGAACUACAACAAAGCCCUGGAAGAAGAGGAGAAAAUGACACCCGAGCAGUUGGCGAUUAAAAACGUUGGCAAACAAGAUCCAAAGAGACAUUUGGAAGAAAAAGUCGACAUUCUCAUGACGAAUAACAUCGUGCAGUGUCUGGGAUCCAUGCUGGACACCGUUGUGUUCAAAUGACUUUAUUUAUUUAUAUACCGUUUAUUUCUAUUUCACCAAUUUGUAACAUUAAAUUAUGUUUAUACCGUAUUUUUUCAAUA